AGACGCCAGCAGCACAAAAUCGCAAUAAAACAAAAGUAUUAAAUCACGCCUAAAGUUAGGUCGACAAUGUCCAGUGCCGCGAGUCCCAGUCCCAGUACCAGUCCGAGUGUGUUCCUGAUCCUGCCAUGAUUGCCGCGAUUCCGGGUACUGCGCACUUCCCUCACCCAGAACCAAAGUUAAUUGUGCAUCUCGAGUAGUACUAACAGUACCAAAAACGCAGAAAAGCGAAAAGCAAAAACCAAAAUCGCAAGAGGAUGAUGAGAACGUCAGUGUGUGGAUAUAUGGAUAUAGUGCCAGGGAAAGUGCGACGAGCAACAACACAAUUCGGGAGUGAACAAAGACGCGGAGACACGUACAGUGCUUAAAGGCGUUAUCCUGGUUUCUUAGCUAUUCGCCGUCCCGCUCCCACUCCCAUUUUGCUCCCGUGCCACGGCCUUGGGCGUGAGCUGGUGUGCGUGCGACUCGCGUGUGUGCGUGAGUGUGUGCGGUGUGCGUGUGAGUAAGAGAUACGUUGUAUAUACCAGGACAUCGGAAUAGCCUGAGCAGCAAAAUGCCGCCAUCCCUGAUUGCCGUGUCCGAGUUCGUGGAGGAGACGCGCUCCGACUACAGCUCGCCCACCACCUCCACCUUCGCCUCCCGGAUGCCCGACUGCCGCCACACGAUUGGCGUCCUGGAAGAGAGAUUGGAGUUUGAUCGGGAGGGUCUAACUAAGUUGAAAAAAGCGGUCAAGGCUAUUCACAACUCUGGAAACACCCAUGUGGACAAUGAGAUGUUUAUGGUGCGUGCUCUGGAGCGGUUGGGCGGCAAGGUCAUUGAGCAGGAUGAGCCGGACAUCGGCGCCGCAUUUCUUAAAUUCAGCGUGGUCACCAAGGAGCUCAGCGCACUGAUGAAGACUCUGAUGCAAAACAUCAACAACAUUGUGAUGUUUCCGGUGGACUCAAUGCUGAAGAGUGAACUGAGGGGCGUGAAGGGGGACAUGAAGCGGCCGUUUGACAAGGCGGCCAAGGACUACGAGGCAAAGUUCAUUAAGAUUGAGAAGGAGAAGAAAGCACAGGCCAAAGAGGCGGGUAUGGUGCGUACAGAGAUCGACGCCGCUGUGGUGGCCGAAGAAAUGGAAAAGGAGCGUCGACUUUACCAGCUGCAGACUUGCGAGUAUUUGCUGAAGUACAAAGACAUUAAGACCAAAACGGGAAUCGAGCUGUUGCAGCACCUUAUAGAGUAUUAUCAUGCAUUAAGCAACUACUUUAAGGACGGCCUACAGACGAUCGAGCACUUUGGCACAUACAUCGGCGACCUCAGCGAGAAGCUACAUGAGAUCAAGCAGAAGCAGGACGAGGAUCGUCGCAGUUUGCUUGACCUGCGAACAGUUUUGCGCAGCACUCCGGACUUUGAGCGAGUCGACAAUGUGCCAUCGUCGGAGAGCCGAAGUGGGGGAGCUGGUUACUCUCUCCACCAGCUGCAAGGUGACAAACAUCACGGCGUCACUCGGCAAGGCCACCUAUUCAAGAAGAGCGAGGGCAAGGUGCGACGCGUGUGGCAGAAACGACGAUGCCGGGUCACCAGCGAUGGUUUUCUUGACAUCUUCCAUGCCGACGAGUCCAAGCCGCCAACACGCGUAAAUCUGCUUACCUGCCAGAUUAAGCCGGUGCCGGAUGACAAGCGCGGGUUUGAUCUUAUCAGCUACAAUCGUCCGUAUCACUUUCAGGCGGAGGAUGAAGGCGACCAGAAGGCAUGGAUGGCCGUCCUGGUGAACUGCAAGGAGAAAGCACUUACCAAGGCCUUCCAGCACGCCAAUCCGCAGAUGAGUCCAAGCCUGGUGGAGUUGCAGAAGACUGUGAUCCGAUAUGUACAGCUACUGCCGGGAAACGAUCGCUGCUGUGACUGUGGAUCGCGAAACGAUGUGACCUGGAUCAGCCUUAACUUUGGCAUUUUGGUGUGCAUUCAGUGCUCUGGUGUCCAUCGCGACCUGGGCGUGCAUCACUCGCGUAUCCAGAGUCUUACGCUGGACAACUUGACGACGGCUAACCUGUUGAUUGCACGUGCCAUGGGCAACAGCACACUGAACGACAUUAUGGAGGCGAAACUGGGAAGGUGCAAGCUCCAGCACGAGAGCAGCAUGGAAGAGCGCUACGACUUUAUUCGCGCCAAGUAUGUUGCCAAGCGCUAUGUCAUGCGCACCUGCUCGGAUGACAACGACUUACGGUGCGAUUUAGAGCAGGCAGUGGUCAAUGCCGACAUGAGUCAGUUGCUCCAGGUGUGGGCAGAAGGAGCGGAUCUCACUUGCUGUCUGCCCAGCUCUGAUGCAGGAGAGACGGCCCUUCAUCUGGCCGUGCUGCGCGAGAUGGGAUCCACGCUGCACAUAGUCGACUUCCUCAUUCAAAAUAUGCCGCCCAAAGGUCUUAACAAGGCUACCAACCCAGCCGGCCUUCUGGAUGUGACGGGAAAGAAUACGGCUUUGCAUUUGUGUGCUCUUCACGAUCGGAGAGAGUGCAUGAAGCUGCUGCUCCGUUCAGGAGCGGACUAUGAGCUCAAGAACUCACAGAAUAAAACAGCGCUGGAUAUUGCCAAAGAAAUGGGACACAAUAGCUGCAGGGAGCUCAUUGAAUGUGCCAUUAAGAGGGAGAAGAGCGCUUUUGACCACAUCAACACCGACUGGAAUUUGCCAAACGAGGAUGGUUCCACGGAUUUCAGCGACGAUGAAACAGUCAUCGAUGAGCGCAAAUCCCGUUCGCGUCCCCCCAGUUUUGCUGGCGGGGACUCGCCCGUUCUGCGCUCUCGUUCCUCUACAUGCGACUCAAUACAGUCCAGUUCUAGUCCAAUCGCCAAUUGUCCGAGUCGGCAAUUUACUCUACCCUCCGGUCUGCCGAGCUAUACACAUUCUGCAGGGACUUCCCCCAAACAGCAUAUAAGCGUAGGACAGUAUCUGGGCAGUGCUACUAAUGUUGGAGGCGGUGGCGCCGGGAAUGGUGGUUCAAGUCCCAGUUCAGUCUCCAGUCAGAGCGUUCGCGCGGCGAGAAACAGCUUAAAUAUGCAAAGCGAUCUGGGUGGGCAUGUGACUGGCGCUCGGAAAUCAACAUCUACAGCCAACAUGAAUUCGCUAAAGAAGCGUACAGCCCCAGCUCCACCACCUGGAACAUUGGGCAGUGCUUCGUCCAGCUCUUUUUACGGCACUUUGCCUCAUCCUCCACGCCAUUCACAAAACUUCGAUGCCAGCGACAUUCGAGCCAUCAAUCACAAGAACCAGUCCCUGGACGUGGCGUAUGGCACGUUGCCGCACCUUCGGAGCGUAGAAAGCAGUCCUAGAGGUGGAGGAGGAUACGGGUAUGGAGUGUCACAAGAUCCAGGAGGAUCUGGAAACGGGAGCAACAACAGUCUUAUGCCUGCCAUGACUACAUUCGGCCACAAGCGUUCACCCAGCGGUGAGUCGCUGAACAGGAAUAUCCAUUUAGCGGGCGCCAAGCUUGUUCUGCCGCCCACCGGUGAGUUGCCCACGCUGAAGCAUGUGGACAAAUCGGCGUUAGCAAGGCCAAAGAUUCCUCCGCCAGGACCGCCAUCAGAGCGUGAAAUAUCAAACGGACAGUCGAACGAGAGCAUCAGUUCCAUGGACGAGGGUCCAGUGGCGCCUCCCCGUAAGCGCAAGCAACACAUCAAUCAAUUGAGAUUCCAGUCCAGCGAGGAGACGCUGGUUAACCAGUCGGCCAAUUUCCCCGACUACGAGUCCUGGCAUACGGAUAUGGACAGCUCUGGUGGCGGUCUGGAUCACUCAGCCGAGUCGAAUGUGUCCUCGAGCGACAACGACCGCCUCAACUCAUCGCCGGACAAUCCAUCGAAAACUGGUGGGACUGGGCUAGGCGGAAAGUUCCACUAUAAUGGUCAGCGGCGGUGCCGAGCUCUCUACGAUUGCGUGGCGGACAACGAUGAUGAGCUGGAGUUCAAGGAAGGUGAAAUUUUGAUCGUGCUGAACGAACGCACCGACGACGAGAAUUGGAUGGAGGGCAUUAUUGAAGGACAGCCGGCGAGGAAGGGCAUGUUUCCUGUCAGUUUCGUGCAUAUGCUGCCUGAUUAAUAAACCCCCUGUUUGUGCUGAUUGUGUGUGGCUGCGCGUGAUUGUAUAUAGAUAUAUAUAUAGAUGUUUGUAUGCGUCUUUUAAACUCUAAUGAUAUAUAAAAAAAGUUUUUAUUUAUUACGACUAUUUUAUCACAAAGCGUGUGACUAUUAAUUUGCCUAAGACUAAACAUGUAAACGUCUCAAGUAAGUUUCUCUUAGCUUAGAAGCCAACUACUCAUUUACACUUGUAUUUCAAUCAAAGCCUUUAAGUAGAGAUCUUGCUGUGCAUUUCCCGUUGGCUUCCUUCCCAAGGUUAGCGCUUUAAUAACUGAAUAUGUCCUGCAAAUGCUGUAAUUCGUACCAUAACUACUUUUAACUUUAUCUUAGCCUAAAACGCUGUGCGCAAAAAUUACUCAAUGUCAGAAGAAUUGUCAGGAGAUAUAAUUAUGUAUUGUAUGCUUGUACUUUAUGCUGCCAUAAACAGAUACUAGCGAUAUCCACAAAGGCCCCGCUCUGAUCGGGCUCUUGACUUACACUCGUACUCAAGUAUUCUAAAUCUGUUGUUAAUGGUUUGACAAAGAGUUUAUAAAACAACGUUGAAAGAAAUAUCAAUUUAACCAAACCUAAGCCCAAACUAUCCAUAUUGCGGACAAAAUUUGAAAGCCACCAAUGCUUUUAAAAAGAAAUACAAGCAUAUUCUGCAAAAAGGAAAGCAAAAGCCCUUUGUACCUAGAAGUUGUUACCAAUUACGUACCCAAUAUGUAUAAACGUAUCUAAAAAUUACAAACUGCGAGAUAUCAAUUAACGAGAUUUGUUUAUCACAUAUGAUUAAUUUGAAAAUUCAAAGUGUAUAUAAUGAUUUAUUAAGACACCACACACCUUAUUCUUUUUACUCAUUUUGUAUACACGUUUCAGUAUUUAUUUAGCAAAACCUUAAAAUAUAUUGAUAUUAUAUGUAAGUCAAAUAAAAGGAAGAACAUAACGCUUAUUACAUAUAUACACAUA